AUGUUAUCCGGUAAAAGGAAACAGGGGCUCUCUGGCCUCCAGCGCCGCGUGCGACCUCGGAGGGAAGCGGAACCUGAAAUCGAUGAGCAUGUCAGCAGUGAGCCUGAAGAGAUGGAUGAGGACGGCGAUGAGCUGAGUGAAGGUGAUGAUGAUGAUGAGGUGGAUCGUGACAAGGAGGAAAAUGAGUCUGCCGGAUCACCGCCACCAAAGAAGUCCAAGAUCGACAUAUCAGCCGUCUCCUUUGGCGCCCUUGCCAAAGCACAAGCCUCCAUGCCCACGUCCAACAAACGGCGCAAGGGCGGCGCGGGAACGUCAGACUCGGAAUCGGAGUCAGACUCGGGCACAGAGGAGGUCGGCAGGAAACACAAGUACGGUGCCAACCUUGCCAAGCGCACGAGCAAGCACGCGCCUAUGGAGCAGUCGAGCAAGAAACCUGUCUCGCGGCGUCGCGAGGUCAUCGUCGUGCCCAAGAUGGAGGUGCGCGAUCCGCGCUUCGACCCCUUGAGCGGGCCCGUUGACGAGGCAAAGGCCCGCAAGGCGUACGCGUUCCUGGACGACUAUCGCAAGGACGAGAUGCGGGAGCUACGAGGGGAGAUGAAGAAGACCAAGGACGCUGGAAAGAAGGAGGAGAUGAAGCGUCUGCUGCUGUCGAUGGAGUCCAAGAUUAAGACGCGCGAGCGCAAGCAGCGCGAGGCCGACGUCAUUUCGGAGCACAAGCGCAAGGAGAAGGAGCUCGUGAAGCAGGGCAAGCAGCCGUUCUACCUCAAGAAGUCGGAGCAGAAGAAGAGGUUCCUGAUGGACCAGUUCGCCGGCAUGAAGAAGAAGCAGGUCGACCGGACGAUCGAGCGGAAGAGGAAGAAGGUUGUCGGUAGAGAGAGGAAGGAGCUCGACCAGCUGCAGCGGAGGCCGAGAGAAUGA